AAAAAGAAAUAGGCAACCGAAGUAACUCUAUUCAAAGGAGACAUGCAAAAGAAAAAAAAAAGAACUCCUCUUUUUCCACUCUUCUUUUUGCUUUUUCUUAGGAGUUGUUGCAUAGUUACAAAUUGUCCUUCCAACAAAAACAUUAAAAAGAAGGGCUUCGGUUUUUUUGGGAUUGGCUGGUCUUUUGUUGAAUUAGACGGGCAAAAUCGAGACUUUUUUUUUUUGGUAUCUCUCUUAUCUGUCAUCCCGUUAAAUCAAAUUUGGUCGUACCGGUUCAACAACUUUGAUUGGGCUAGCUGAGUUGAUCAUCCAAUCAAUCUGCAUCAUGUUUCCCUACCCUUCCUAUUUUAGUAGUAUGAUGUUUUGUGUUGCACUGCUCGUUUGUCUCCUAAUGGUGAACAAGCUAAAUCUGUGUAUUUGUGCUUGUGACAUAAAAAUUACAAAAGUGCAAUCAACUGACUCCUUAAUUAACCAGAAAAAAACUACAAUCAUGAUAAAAUACACACAAUUGCACAUGAGAGAAUUCACACACACAGGAAUGACGGCUACUUUGGCUGAGAUAAUACGAUGGAACUUUCGAAAAAAACCAAGCUUAUCUAUAAGUAUUUUUACCUGUUAUGAUUUUGACUUUGAUGACUCUGAUGAAGCAACAAGCCGUUGAGUAAGUGCUUUAGAAUCCUUUGGAUCCCUUCUAUACGAACAAAGAGUAAAAAAGUAGAGAAAAAAGAGAAGGGAAAGUAGGGCCAGCGAAUAAAGAGGGAAAAAAAAAGCUGAGAUGAGCUGAAAGGAAAUUGUGUGCUUUCUUAAAAAGUUGACUGGGCUUUUCACCACCGAAACCAACAAAAAUAGAUAAAUAAAUUAAACUCAGCAAAAAGCAAUGGGCG